AUGUAUCAAUCAAUAUUGCUGCUUGUUGUUAUAUUGACUUUGUAUGCUGCUACGAUAGCAGCAGAUUCGCUUGAAGGUCGUGGUCUGAUGAAUGUAUGUUAUGAUGAGUAUGGAUGCUUCACAUCAGGUCCUCCAUUCGGUUUGACACUUCACCGACCAAUCGCUCUUUUACCUGAUCCACCUGAGGUGAUCGACACUCGUUUUCUGCUCUAUACAAGACAAUUUAAGGACAAAGGUCAAGCGAUCAGUCGUCACACAACACUUGGCACAUGGGAUCGUACUAAAGCAACAAAAAUUCUGGUACACGGAUUUCUUGAUACCAUCAAUAGUACUUGGUGGCCAGAAAUGAAAGAUGCCUUUCUCGAGGCUGAGGACUGCAAUGUCAUUCUAACUGAUUGGAGUCGGGCCAACUACUUUCCGUAUACGAAGGCAACAGCUAAUGCUCAGGUGGUUGGUGCAGACAUUGCUCUCCUAGUGAAUAAGAUGAUAAAAGAACACGGAGUUAAUCCGGCUGACUUUCAUAUUGUUGCUCAUAGUUUGGGAGCUGCUGUCGCAGGCUACGCCGGACAUCGUAUCAGUGGACUCGGACGUAUCACAGGUCUCGAUCCGGCCAGUCCGUUUUUUGAAAACACCGAUCCAAUCGUGCGUCUUGAUCCAAGUGAUGCAAAAUUUGUUGACAUCAUUCAUACAGAUGGGUCGCCCACCCUUCUUCUUGGCUUCGGCACUCUCACACAAGUGGGUGAUGUCGAUUUUUACCCAAAUGGAGGCAUGAACCAACCGUCAUGUGAUAAGACGUCAGCCAAACUUAUUCAUGCCAUUCUCAACUUGGGUCCACUUGACAUUUUUGGUCCUAUGGAUAUUCAAGGAGAAUGUACACUGAAUGCUAACGAAGGAAAUUUCAUGGGCUAUCAUGCAUCUCCAAAUAAAGCACGUGGACGACUCUAUCUCAAUACCCAGAGGGUGGACAAAGCUCCCUAUUGCAUUAAUCACUAUCAGAUUAGGUUGAUAUCGGGUUCAAAUUUUGUUCAAACAAAAGGUCAAAUUCUUCUAACAUUCACCGGUAGUCGAGCUACGCAAAGUGUUCUCCUUGAUUCUGACGAGACAUUUUUGAAACGAAGCGGUAUUGAAACUCGUUAUAUUCCGCUCACAACCGAUUUGGGUACGAUUCAACGUGUCAACGUUAAGUUCGAACGUGCAGGUCAUUUGAUUUCUUCACUGAUCUAUUCGAGCAAAUGGACAUUCACAAAUGUGACUGUUAUUGAUGGCGAUCGACAGACCAGUGUGACAUUCUGUCCCGAGAACGGUGAAAUGGUACUUGAAUCUGGCAAUACUGCAAGAUUUUAUCCAUGCUAA